AUGGCCUCCAGUCGCCCUCGGAUAGAAGAAGUCGCUGAUGAAGAUGACAUCGAUAUCGACAACAUGGAUUUUGAUCCAGAGGACUACGAUCCUCGAGCUCCCAUAAUCCGUCCCGCGGACAUACCAUCUACAGCUUCCUCGGCGGCUGCUCUACGGCGACCUCCACCCCAACAGCCUCCGCCAUCGAGCCAACCCGAACUGGGAAUAACGUCUGGGUUCAACCAAACAAAAUAUAUCAACAAGUCCGAUAUGGAGGGAAAAUUCCGGAAAUACCAAUGCGUCUAUCCAAUCUACUUCGAUGCGGCCAAGUCUAAGGCAGAAGGUCGUCGCGUGGGCAAGAAGAAUGCCGUUCCCAAUCCCUUGGCGCGGGAAAUUGUGGCUUCCCUGAAUUCGCAAGGAUUUCAAACAAUAUUUGAGCCAACGAAAUCACACCCGAAGGACUGGGCGAAUCCUGGAAGAGUACGAGUGCUGUUGAAGGAGGACGGUGAACCGGUGCACCCCACAGUUAAGACGAAGAGGCAAAUGUUCGACCUGGUAGCUAAAUGGCUACAGGACCACCCGACUCUACCAGAAACCCCGUUGCUAUUACGAUUUCAUGGAAUGCCUCAUCCCGACAAACCUCCUCCAGCUCCAGCAGUGCCUAAAGGCUGGAAGAUCAACGAGAUAUUGCCAUUGCACUCCCCAGCGUUAUCCGGCGGUGGUGUUAGUGACAAUAUCUUUAAAGAAAUGAUGGGUGAAAUGGGUGGAGCAAUUGGCGAUAGAAGCGGGACCCCGCCACCAAAAGAGAAGAAAGAUAAGAAGAAAAAGAAGUAG